AUGCUCGUGGAAUUCGAAAGUGAAGCUGCAAAGUCCAAGUUCUUAGUGGACGGAAGGCAGAUCUGGAAACCUUGGUUCAAGACGAUGUAUAACUGGAAUCCAAAAGAAAAUUUUAACGUAAGAAUAGCUUCCAUAAUGAUUUUCGGAGUCCCUCAACAUGCAUGGUGUGAGGAAGCUUUCUUGGUCAUUGCAAGAAAAUGGGGCACUGUAAUAAUACCGGAGGAAUGUGCAACUGAUAAUCCAAAUAUGGCGUUUGGUCGGGUAGGGAUCCUAACAUCGCAUCCAAAUUUAAUCAACCAGUCAAUAACCAUCUCGGUGGAUGAAUCUCCUUUCUCCAUAACAGUUUUGGAAGACCUCCUUGAGUCUACAAGGCUAAGUCCGGCGGUUGCUAGCAAUGAGUUCGCCCUCAAAGAAGGUGAAAUCAAUAGCUCUGAUGACGAAGACAUCGUCUGCUCCCCAGUUCAGGAUACUAACAGCAGGACCCUUUCAAAUUCGUCGACGUUACACCCUCGGGAAGAUAAAGAAAAAUCUCCGAUGAACAACAACUGCUCUCACAACUCCCAAGGCUCUCCGCGUAAUCCAAGAAGCAUGGAUGCGGCUAGAGAGGAAAACGAAGAGCCACUCGAUCACAUGGGGAACUUCUCUCCUCAUUCGCUCCAAAAUCCGGGUACGCUCCAAAAUAAUACAACAGUUGGAAACGAAACCCAAUCCAAGUCUCCUAAUGGCCCAACUCAAGAAGGAUCCACAUCCUUAAUUAGCCCAAGACAAAAAUCGCCAGUAAAAUAUAAUCGGAUAGAUUUAAACUCAGCUCCCGUCUCCUUUGACAACGUAAGCCCUCUUUUAUCCCAAAAUCACAAUGUCUCCCAAAACUCUCAUCAGGUUGGGAUCGAGAAAUCAAACACCGAGGUCGAAGUGUCACAGACAAUUGAAAUCGGAGAAAGGAUUGGUUUUCAAGUGCAAGGGUUUGAAGACCAGAUCAAGGAAAUUAUCAAGACAAGGCGAAUCACAAUCAUUGAUCAAUGA